UACAUGGUCGCCGUGAGUUCAGAUGCCCUUGAUUCUCCAAGGGAUUAAGACUGUACGCCUUAAGAUGAGGUGAACAAGAAGCAGCCCUGGUAGAAACAGAAACAAUUUUGUCCUAUUUUCGAGCUAAUGGAUGGGCCGAUAUAAUCACAUAGCUGACUGAGAAGAUCUUGGCGUACUUGUUGUGACACGAAGACGAUGAUGUCACACCUCUGUCACACUGACAGCAGCGGUGUGAGAGAGUUUCGCUAUAAAGAGUGAUAUCCAUCGUCACAAUGUCCCACGGGUCAAGCCACACGGGAGGGUUUGGCCAUGCGCACCACCCUGGUAGCCAGAAUAUCCCAGCUGAUGUCACCAAGAUGGGCUACCUCAAAAAGUUAAAGACCAUGAAGAAAAAGUUUUUCAUAGUUCGAUCGGGUUCAAGAUUCCAUCCUCCGCGACUCGAGUACUUCGACAGCGAGAAGAAGUUCCUGGCAGGUUUGCAAGCGAAGCGAAGUAUCGACUUGUCACAGUGUUUCAGCGUGAACAAGCGCACUGACAGCAAACACAAGUUCGGCAUUAUCAUCUACACGAAGGAUGACUCAUUCACUGUGUUGGCGGAAAAUGCAGAUGAACGGGAUGACUGGUUUAAUGAAGUUCUGGAGGCUUUUCGAGAAGGCAUUUGUGAUAUGGAAGUUAUCAAGCAUUACGACUGUGUGUGGUCAGUGAAUGUCCAGAACAAAGGUCUGGGCAACUCGAGGAACCUCAGUGGUCACUACCGACUGUGUUUGUCGGACGAGGCGGUCAGCAUGGUCAAACUAAAUUCUGUAGUACCCGAAGUUGUCUUUCAGUUACGUCUCAUCCGGCGCUGCGGCCAUUCUAAUGGGGUGUUUUUCAUGGAGGUUGGGCGAUCAUCCAUCACCGGGGAGGGAGAGUUGUGGAUGGCAGUAGAGGACACAGCCAUGGCCCAGUCUAUGCACGACGCCAUUUUAACCGCGAUGAAAUCCUCCAGCACAGUCUCAACUUUCUCUGAGCGAUCCGGCAGUCGGCCAAUAAGUGUUCCCCAACAGUCUCAAGAUUCUUCUCGCCCCCGGGCGCCUAGCAUGGCUAGUCCUCGCCGGCCUCCCGUGGUCCCAGACAAGCCUCGGCCUAUGAGUUUGUAUACAAAGUCACCGUCCGUGUCAACAUCCAGGUCACCCACCUUUAACAAUCACUUUGGAAACAUGCCUCUCAGCCCUGAAGAUUACACUGAUGACGGUAGAAUGAGGUCAAACAGCAUGGAGUCCCGUGGGUCACGAAGCGGAGCAAGUAGCGCACAGUCUUUUGAUGUUAGUGACGGAAGUCCCGUGGAUCCUCAUAUACACUUGCACAUCAGUGGACGGGCGUUAACACCAGAGGCAACUCACCAGCCAAUCACGGAGUACAUACCGAUGAGACCUGGGAACUCCACAAGCGCCUGUUCCUCAGCAGGCUCCUCACGCGAGAGACUGGAUUCUGCAGGGUCUUCAGUUCCUGACUCAGGGACAGCACCAGAGUCCUACAUGGAAAUGUCCCCUCAAGACACACCUGUGAACCCCUCAACGACCUCCGGGUCAAUAUCCCAGCAGAAAGAUACUUAUAUAGAUAUGUCUCCUUUAGCCAGUGAUCCUGCAAUACCAACUAUACCAGUGGGAGACGACUCUUACGCCUUCAUGGGUGGCUCUCAGAAAGGCACCAAGUCUGGGCCGAGCAGUGUGAAGUCUGGACCAGGCAGCUACAAGUCUGGCCCAGGCAGCCACAAAUCUGGGCCGAGCAGCUACAAAUCUGGGCCCAGUAGCUACAAGUCUGGGCCCAGUAGCUAUAAGUCUGGGCCAGGCAGCCAUAAAUCGGGUCCGAGCAGCGUGAAAUCGUUGUCUUCGAUCGACGGCCGAGAUGAUGGAUAUAUCGACAUGGAACCAGGAUCUGAGAACAUGUCUCCCAAUGUGGAUCUUCGGAGUCCGGGCUAUUUUAGCAUGACGUUGACGGGUCAGAGCCCCAAACUGGACACCAUGGGGGAGAUGAGGCCAGACAAGGUUUACAGCUACCUGUCUGAUGACUCAUUCAACGGGGACACGCCUCCUAUCCGCACCUACUCCGUGGGCAGCAAAACAACGAUGACCAAGCCCACUCUAACGUACCAGGCUUACCAGGAGACAAAAGCUCAGCAGGGCAAACUGGCAAAUAGCAAGAGUUCCAGUGCCCCACACUUGAUCCCCCAAAAAGGGCGCCCUCUUCAGAACGAUGCACCUUCACCUGUGAUCCCGUAUGUGAACAGCCCGUGUAGCCCCAUGAGCAAGUUGUACAAAUCAGACGAUUCUGACUCCUUUAUGGAGCUUGAUUUCUGUCGACCACGAACGGCUAGCGAUAGCUACAGUUACAGGCGCCGGACAGGGAGUUUCGGCCAGACGCAAACACACAGCUCAAACCACGCCCACCCCAACUUUAGAGAGCGGUCCUCUAGCCAUGGGCAAAGCUCCAAACACAUCAUGUUGAAGCGCAUCUCGUCAGAGUCUGUGCGGACGACAUCCCAGGAACUUCUGCGCAAAGCAUCAAUGGACUCGCUGCAUCGUAGCUCAAGGGAGUCAUUACGUAGUUCCCAGGAGUCUUUAAGGAAGGCCGUCCUGGAGAACCGGUCACGCAGCAGUCUCCAGACGGACUACAUGGAAAUGUCUCCGGACAGUUCGGCCUCUGUGUCUCAUAGAAAACCGGGCUACCUGUCUUCCAAGAAACAAUCCAAACUGGAGGAGGGGAAAAAGGAGUACUUCAAUAUGACGCUUGGCAGUCCGACUCAGUCGCUGAUGCACUCAGUGCAGUCCACCACGCCCACAUCCCCAGUCACUGUCAAGCUCACAGCGCCCGACACAUACAUGGAAAUGGAACCUGGUCAGGUGACGAAUCCUAAAGCCAGCAAGAAUGAGCAGAAUCAGAAAGCUGUUGACAUGCUCUCGGCAUCGGCCCAACCCAAUCCAGCAGCAAACCCUUACGUAAAUGUCUCGUACGAGAAAGAUAAUCAUGGCAGCGAUGGUGGUUAUUCUUCAAAGCAGAAGCCUCAUGUUCAAGCGCACGGGAAGCAGGCAGCCUUUGCGCACGUGCGACAGACCAGUAGCCCGGCGUCUCUUGGAACGCAUCUGGGAAAAGGGCCCGGAGGAAAUGCCGCCAAUAAAAGUCUGUCUCCUGACGCAGCACUGUAUGGCCACCAACACCCUUUGUCAAGGUCAUCACAUAAAGCCAAAGGACCCAUUCCAAGGUCACCUCUGGCUGGAGACGAACCUGAUUCGUAUUUGGCCUUUGCGCCUGGCCAAAUCCCAGACGAGAAGAAAAAACAGGAGCCCAAGAAACAUACAACUCACUUUGGGCAGAAGCGCAAUUCCAAACUUCAGCCCAAGUCUCCGGAAAUUCUGCGAGAAGAGUCGGAUUCUUCUUACAUGUCUUUUUCUUCCGAUGGAUCACUGUCGGACAGCAAGAACAGCGACAUCUGGCUUCCAAGAAACAAACAUCGUAUUAAGAGUAGUCAUGGAAAGUCAGAAACUGUCCGAGAAGAAUCUGACGGCUACAUUUCGUUUUCGCCCGUCAAUGUUCAAGGUGACGAAGAACCCAAAACACAGGCCAUGAAUUACAAGAAGUAUCAUCCCAAGUUUGAUUACAGAAAAGAUGCACAAAAGGCAAAGAAGUCGAGUGUUCCGAAGAAUCAGGAUUAUAUGUCAUUUGCUCCCAGCAUCGUUGUUGAAUGCGAGCCCGUGAAGGAGGUCAUUCAAAACAGUAGUGUCCCUGAUCAGUCGAACUUUAAAUCCGACGUGAUUAGCUCGAACAUUGCAGCCACCGGAACCAUCCAGGCGCAGGCGUCUGGAACUGAUGACGAGAAGGCUUAUAUGGAAUUCUCCCCCGUAGGUGCUUCUAGUGAUAAGGAAACCUCCAAUAAAGCCAAGAAGAAACAUUCUAGUGAGCAUUCACAGCGCAGAACUAGGAAAGUCUCGAGCGGAUCGCGCGUCCGAGGAGGUCAGAGUGAGGCUGUGGGUCAGGAUGGUUCAGGGGAAGGAGGAAUUAAACCUUUGUCGACUCAGAAUGCUGAAUAUGCCAACAUGACUUUUCCAGAGAAUAGUAAGUCUUCAGGAAAGAACGCACCGGUGAUGCGGCCUACUUUUGACCCAAGUAAAGUUCCCAAGUCAGACGGUGCAGCAAAAUCGCCAAGGUAUAACGGUCAGAAAAACGGCAAAGAUUCAACAGGACGUGCAUCUCAAGGGUCAAUGUCUGUGUCUCCACGAGACAGGCUGCGCAAACCCAGCGGUGACAGCAACAAAGGGGGACUGCUGGAGGGGGGACCUGUCUCUCCAGGACUGAGUAUAGCCUCACAGGGCAAGCUGCCGAAAAGGGGCAGCACCCCGAACAUCCCUUCCUUUACGGACAAGUCAGGGGUGCCUGUCACUCAGACGGUAAGCAACAUGCUUCCUGGGGACCGUCAUAGUUAUUCAGAGCCAUCAACCUCUGACCUUUGCCCGACGGGUUCCCUGACGCCAGGCUCAGCCGCUAGCUCAAGGCAGUCCUCCAGAACUAGUCUGAACAGUAUUGUGAGUAAAGAGACUCUGAAUUAUGCCUCCUUGGACUUGGGCUCUAGUGAUAACAUGACUGCGGUCGGGGAAGGGGGAAUAACCUUUCUCAGUGCCUCCUCAUCGGUGGCAACGCAAAGCCCCGCCGGCGGGAAAAUCCGGCAUGUUUCCGGGCUACAGGAGUCUCAAGACCCACCCCCGUUUUACGCUGAAAUUGACUUCAAGAAAAGCGAAGAGUUGAAGAAUGUAAAGCGGUGAAGUUGAUUCUAGUAGGAUGUUUAUAAAUGUUUCUAAUAAACAGACUUCUUAUUUAUGUUUUGUGUGUAUUUAUGUACACAGGUGUAAACGUACUGUCUGUGUGUUUCUGUACUACAGUAGUAUCUGUAGUAAUACUGCGAAAUAAGGAUUGUGUAUCUUUAUAGUUGAAAGUUGAACCCUUCCAAGGCUGUUGAUUAUCACUGUUGUUGUUGUUGAUAUAUAUAUCUCUGUAUAUUUAGAGACAUGUUGAAUCAGAAGAUGUUGUGUAAAGUUGUUGAGUCACAGGUUAUGUGGACGGGUAGUUCUGUCGAGCAGAACAUGAAAUUAAAAAGGUGAAAAUGGUCUGUUGAAAAUUCAUCUUACCUUGAAGAAAAUACAGCCCAGUCCUCUUGAAGAAGGUGGUACAUUCUUCUGCCACCAGUGUGCGAAAAUAAAUGUAUAGUCAGAGUAUAAAGUCAAAGGUCAUUGGAAUACUCCAUUUCUAAAUGAUAGGGAUGUGACCUGUCACCUGUAAGUUUAUUGCAGGAUUUGAUUGUUUUGUUUUUGUUCCCUUCCUGUUUUUGGUGUUUUUGUCUGUCAAAGACAAAAGCGUUAAAAUUAUUUCGUCCAUUGUUUCACUAGAACGGGUUGAUUUUGUUUUUGUUGUCUGUCCAUGUCCCUCCCAGUCUUAUUGUGGACGCAUGUAUGAUAACAUACCGUAUAACUGUCAGUGUUUUUAUUUGUAUGAUAUAGCUCGGCAUCCUAUAAACCUACUAUUAAUGCAGGAAAUUCUUUGUCCACAAUAGUUAAAUAAGAGCAUUUUCAAACAUUUUAGCUGGUCAAGUCGAUAAUGUAUUUUUUAUG